AUGGGCUGUGGAUUAGUCAUCAACCCGGCCUUCUCCAUCCUGGGCGUCUACUUCCGGAAGCGCGUAUCGAUCGCAUCCGGUCUGGUGAUGUGCGGUUCGGGCGUCGGCUCUCUGCUCUUUUCCUACCUCACCCAGUACCUCGUCGACGAGUACGGCAUCAGUGGCGCCCUCCUCAUCUGCGGCGGCUUGACCUUCAACAUCGUGUUUGGCGCGACGCUGAUGCGACCGCUGCAGAAUCCGCUGCCGACGCCGCGUGAGGGCGCUGCUGUCGACACUGUCGUCAGAGCGGGUCGUCGGCCAGUUGUCGUCGUCGCGCGUGCCUCGUCGCCGGAGAGCCGCCGCAGGUUGGAUUCCGUGAGGGAGGGUGAGGUGGGGUUGCAAAGUGUCUACGGCUCGCUAGAAGUGUACGUGCGCAGCAUGUCAACCCUCGCCGAGCCCGCCGACGACAACGACCACAACGUCGUCACGUUUCCUUGGUACCUGUUCAAGGACGAUGCGUUCUUACUGUUCACGCUUUCCGCCGUGCUGUUUCUCGUCACAUAUAUCAACAUCUACCAGCUGCUGCCGCUGAUCACCGACAAGGUAGGCGAUGGCAGGUUCAGUGGCGCCACCAUGAUUGGCUUCAUGAGCAUCGCAGAGACGAUCAGUCGCGUGCUGUGGGGUUUAUUCUGGGACCACGAUGCUUUCCGUGCGCCAACAGUACGGAUGAUAGGCACGGGGUCGUUGCUAGCGGUGAGCGGCGGUCUGGCGUUCGCCUGCAUCUUCAUCACAGUGAACGAGGUGCUGGCCGGAUGGACGAUGGUCAUGGGUGUGUUGGUGGCCGGAGUUUUCUCCACCCUGGUCCCCAUCACGAUGGACAUUUGCGGACCUGCGCAAGUCGGCAACGGAUACGCCAUAUUGAUGUUAUUUGAAGGAUUGUUGAUGAUGGUAGACCCACUAUUGAUAGGAUGUCUAAUCGAUAGAACGGGAACAGUGGACAGCGCCAUCUAUGUUCUCGGAGCAUCAUUUCUAGCAUCUGGAAUCUUCAUCAGUGUGACUCCUCUAGUGCGACAGUGGCGCGGCCUGGUGACGGAUGUAUCUCCGCAAACUGUUGCGACAUUCGAAAAUGACGAUGUCGGCUCUCAAAGCAAGACGACACACGUACUAAAGAUGCGAGCAAAAAAUCCAUUGGGAAAAAAUCUCGGCGUUGACGUCUGAUGACUUAUUGAUCAUAUGAUCAUGACUUAUGAUCGAUCAAGUAAAAUCAUGGGUAUUGAUUGGUUGUGGUAGAAUGUCGCAGUGAAACAAUCAGCACUGAUGCCACCCCAUCAGUGAUUUGGUAACUUUUAUUUCAGAAAUAAAGUAACUGGGCAUAAUGGAAUUA